AUGUGCAUGCGGCAGAUUGUGCUCAUGGCCAAGCUGGAGAUUGCCGUCUUCAUAUUGGCCGCAGGCCUUCAUUUUCUCUUGUUCAGCAACUUGGCGCUCCGACGCUCGCAGUCCAAGCCCCGAGGCAAGUCAAAGCUGGAUGAUUCAGGCGAUGGACCGACCGGGGAGGUCCAUUCACAGAAAGCCGAAAAAUCUGCAACGUCUCCAUCCGCAACAGUUCAGCGCGCAAUCAAGCCGCUGCUGCGCUCUGCUGCAAAGGAGGCUGCGCUUAAAGAUGAGGUCAGUCGUGUACUCGACUCGCUCAAGGUGCCAGAAGCAGAACGCGAGGAAGUCCUUGCUGACGUAUUGGAUGGCCUUGGUCGUCAUGCUGAAGCGGAGCUGCUUGGAGCUGUUCGUGCUCUGGUUCCGAAAGUCACGACCUGGAGGAUGGCUGAACACCUCCUCCGCUUCGUCGGCACCCGGGCACCCGGAGACGUCGAGGCGCUGCUAGCAGAGGUCGAGUCACACCACGUCGAUGCCAAAGAAACACUUCCACAUGGUGUCGCGGUUUCCUGCCACCAAGCCUUCCACCGCAUCCUUGACACUGUCGUGAAGACCGAUGUUGACCGAUGCUGGGACGUGCUAAAGCGCAUGGAGGCACUUGGCCUGUCGCCGAACAAUGUCACGUGCUCUAUUCUGCUCAAGGGUGUUCAGAAAGGAAUGCAGGAGGGAUAUCUGCAGAAAGUGAUGAAGAUCAUCGACGCACGUGAAGUCAAAGACAUGGACGAGGUCUUGCUGGGAUCCCUCUACGAAGCUUGUAUUCGUUGCGGUCAAGUCCAGUAUCUUCUGAACUAUGUGAAGCGUCUUCGUGAAGAGAGCGGCUUCGUCCAGGUCCGCAGCGCGCACACCGUGGGCUCCAUCAUUCGUGCUUACGGCGCAGCGGAGGACGUCGAUGGCGUUUGGGCCACAUGGAACGAGAUGAAGCGGAAGCAGAUCCAGCCAACAAGAAUCACAUUAGGCUGCAUGGUGGAGGCGCUGGCUUCCAACAAUGAUGCCGAAGGUGCCUACGAGAUCAUUCAGCAGGCAUUGGCAGAUCCAGAAACCGCGACCUUGGUCAAUGCGGUAACCUACAGCUCCGUCCUCAAGAGCUUCAACCACCAGAAGCGUUUUCAUCGUGUUUGGGAGGUCUACGAGGAGAUGAUAAAACAGAAGGUCGAGUUUUCCGUGACGACAUACAAUGCGCUUCUGGAU